CCCGCUUCCGGUGCAGUCGUAGGGUCGUUGUUUGUCUGUCGGGUCUGUUGGGGGGGUUGGCAUGAGAAGGGGCGAGAAAGGUAAAGCAAUUGAAUCAACACAUCGCACGGAGAAAGGGUUCCUCCGGCACAACGCUGUGAAACCCCUGCGAAUAUCCUUGCCGUGUUUUGUAAUCCUACCGUUGACAAGUGGUGGUAAUACGAGAGGAUCAACACGUGUAAACACGGGUGAAGUGGAAUGUGACGGCGUGAAACAGAAAACAGGCCAUUGCCACCAUCACCAACCACACGCCCAUUGCCGGUAUUUCUAUCGCAUCCAAACGCUGCCGGAACUCAUCCCCAACCCAUCCCAGCCCGCGCUGCUGCUCCACCACGGCACCGAAAAGGCACCGUUGUCACGUGCCAAAAGGUGGUUAAUAUGAUUUGAUUGACUCCGAAAUGCAAUCACGAGCUAACGCGCCAAACACGUUUUUAAAUUGAAUCGAAAAAAAAAACGGCACUCAACGCGCGGGCAUCCUGCAACACACCCAACGAAAUGGUUGGAAAUGGUGAAAAACUCAGGUGAAAACAGCAUGUGAAAACCGAAAACCAGAACUCGGUCGGUAUACACUCGGUUGGGUUUGCGGAAGCGAAAUGUUUCACAUUGAAAGGUCGUUAGUUAUUUAUGAACGUUAGUAAACAAUUGAUUGCAUUCCACAGCAGCAGCAGCCGGUCGACAUGACACAAAUGCGCGCUUGGGUUGGAAACGAGAGGAAAGCGGGGUACUGCUGCUUUGUUAUAGUACUUUGCACAAAAUUAAAUGAUGCCAACGAUAAAAAUCGUCCCCUUUGCCCUUCCGGGUUCAGUCGGGGAGCUGUUCAAUGAAAUGUUUGAAAUGAAAUGUUUGCCAAUGACAGCUUUGGCGCGGGAAGGGAC